AUGGCUGAACUUGUGAUUGGUGCUCUUCUCUCUGCUUCUUUUGAUGUUUUGCUUGAAAAGAUUGCUUCUCCUUAUGUUAAGGACUUCUUCUUCAAGCGAAAAAAUGAAAGUUCAUCUGUUGUGUCUGAGAGGCUUUUCAAGUUGAAAUCAACGUUCAAUUCUCUUGCUGCGGUUCGGUUUGAAGUGGAGAACAAGAGAAUCAAAAACCCUGCUGUGGAGAAGUGGCUGGACAAUCUUCUUGAUGCUAUCGAUGAUGCUGAAGACUUCUUUGGCGAUAUUGAAUACAAUGCUAUGAAACCCAACAAAGCUUAUGAGUCAAGGAAAGCGAGACGAAAGGCAAGUAAGUUGUUCUCUUGUUUCUCUAAUCCUUCUGAUUCAACUGAUCGUGUAAGGAAUGCCAAUAUGGAAGAAAUUCUUAAGAGGUUGGAGUACUUAGCUAAUCAAAUUGGAAACUUGAACCUUGAAAAGAAUGUUGUCGAGGUGAAACCAUCAGAAGGUUCACGUGCGAAGACUUCUCUGCCAGAUGAACCUGAGAUUUAUGGUAGAGACACUGACAAGAAUGCUUUAAUGGAGUUGUUGAUGUCGGAUGAAGAUAGUAGUGAGAAGAUAUGUGUCAUUCCUAUAGUGGGAAUGGGUGCGAUAGGGAAAACUACCCUUGCUCAAACUUUUUUCAAUGAUGAUCGAGUAAAGAAGAAGUUUGAAUCUAGAGCCUGGGUGUAUGUUUCAGAUAAAUUUGAUUCCAUGGCUGUGACAAAAACUGUCAUUCAAGAGUUAACCCAGGUGAUGCUUGUAGUGACAUGA